GGUCACAGCUGCUGCAGGGUGAACACUGUGUUACUUCAGAAGCAGGUUCAGGAUGAGGUGGUCCCUUCACUCGAUUUGGAGGGCCAAUUUGCUCUUUUGUCUGGGUGUACUUCAGUACUGUGGCGAAGCCAAAGUGCACACUGAAAUACAGGCUGGGCCUCUGUAUCGUGUGUUGGGCGCUCCCCUCUCCAUCUCCUGCAAUGUGAGCGGCUUUGCCAGUGAAACCACUCAAAAAGAAUUUGAAUUCCGUAUUAAGAAGCCUGCAAAUCCAACAUUCGAGAUCAACAUUAUCAGCACUCAUGACCAAAGCUUUGCGUAUGCAGUGUACGCACGGCGUGUGAUGAGCAAGGAAAUUACUCUGAAACAUGUGUCUCCAAACUCAGUCCUCUUUGAGAUACAAAGCCUACAGAAAGCCGAUGAAGGGGAAUAUGACUGCAAUGUAAUCAACUCAGAACAUGUUUAUCAUGGAAUCUACAGUGUUAAGACAACAGUUAAAGUGAUUGACAACUCCCUAAGUGUUUCGUCAGCUGUCUCCACGUCAAUGAGCUAUAAUGAGGGUGAUGCCCUCACUUUUACAUGCUUAGCCUCCAGCAACACAAUCCAGCACACCCAUCUGUCUUUUGCCUGGUAUCUCCAUAAAGACGGUCAGGCUGAGGCUCAGCCUAUAAUUUCUCUGGACAGAGAUUUCACAUUGAGCCCAGGCCCAGGGUUUAAAGAGCGUUACCAAGCUGGACUCAUAAAGUUAGAUAAAAUCGGAGAAGCCAUGUACAGGCUACAGAUGGCUCAGCUGGAGCUCUCAGACCAAGGUAGGAUCUACUGCCAGGCUCAGGAGUGGAUCCAAGAUCCUGACUGCUCCUGGUACUCUAUUGCACAGAAGGAUGCAGAGGAAACUACGCUAAAUGUCAAAGCCAGAGAGGUGGCGCCAGAAAUGUCGUCUUUGGUGGUGAGAAUCUCGACACAGCAGACAGCGCUGCGGGAAGGGCAGGAGCUGUCGCUAUCCUGCAAUGUAGAUACACAGAAUCUGAAGGAAAGGUUCUUCUCUGUAGCCUGGCUCCGGGGAGGUGUUGAGCUGGCCCGCAUCGGCCCUACAGGCGUUCUGUCUGUGGGGCCCGAGUACAGUGGCCGAGAGAAAGAAGGAGAGCUCAGAGCCGCCCGAAUCGGGGACAGAGAUUACCGUCUCAUAUUGCAACCUGUCAGAACUGAGGACCAGGGAGGAUAUAUCUGUAGGGCAUGGCCUCAGGACAGAGGCCAGGAUGGUGCUUUUAGACAGGGAGCAGCCCAGGAUUCUAGCCUCCAGCUGGUCAGCAUCUCAGCCACAGAAAGUGGGCUCUCAGUUGAAAUGCAACGCUCUGUGAGUGUUAAAGAAGGUGACAGGCUGAAGCUCACCUGUAAGGUGGAUGAGGUUAAAGGUCGGCUCUCCGUCACCUGGCAACACAAAUUGACAUCCACAUCAACGGCCCUGUUUACCAAUGUCAUCAGUCUAAGUCAGGAAGGUGUUAUGGCGAUAGCGGGGGAGUUCAUGAGUCGCAAAGUAAGGGCAACGCGUCCAGCAACUGACACCUUCACCCUAGAGCUUGAGGAGGUCACACCCUCUGAUUCAGGGGUCUACCAGUGUGCUGUGUCUGAAUGGAAAACCAAUAGUAAGACCAACAGCCAGUCGCAAACUGCCACUGUGACAGUGGAGCCUACAGAGUCAUUUUUGAAAGUGAAUCUGAUAAGUCGCAACAACCGGGUUAAUGUUGGAGAAAAUGUGGAGUUGUUAUGCCGGGUCAGAGGGCCACGUGUGCCAAUAACACUGACCUGGAGCCUGCAGCGCGAUGCCUCAACUGUAGAUAACAUCCUGACACUGUACCCUAACGGUGAUAUCAGCUGGUCUGGAGACCAGCACCGCUACCAGUUGAAAGUAGAGAACAGACUGAAUGAAGUCAUUCACUAUCUUCUUGUCAACGGUGCAAGCCACAGCGAGGCAGGAAGCUACCAGUGUAGGGCGUCUGUCUUCCUGGAGAAUGUACACAAGAAGCUGCCCCCAUCCAACCACCUGGCUGUGAUGGUGCAGAAACCAGCGAGCAAACUCAUUCUGACAUCCCCCACCACCUUGACGAGGGAUGUCAACACUGACAUAGAAAUAAAGUGCUCAGUUAUCUCAGAACCCUUUGCAUCGUCUCAGUAUGCCGUCACUUGGCUGCACCAGCAAUGGGCAGAAAAUAAGACCAUUGUAAGCUCAGACCGGGACGCCCUAGUAACAUUUGGGACCCAGGUAGAGCUGAGCAACAGACAACGAAUCAGCAUGAGGCGCACUAAGGGCCCUAGUUUUGAGUUGACUAUUCGGCAAGCUCAGAUCUCAGACAAUGGCUUAUAUAUAUGUGAGGUGGUGGAGUGGCUAAAAGAUCCACACGGUGAUUGGUAUCAGUUCUCGCCAGUGUCCAGAGCCACAACACUAACAGUUAUUGAGCCUGCGAACGAUCUUCGAUUAGAUAUGAAAGAGCAGCAGCAGUUGAUUGCCAGGGAGGGAGACGAGGUAGAGCUCAAGUGUAACAUCAUCUCAGGUGCAUCCAGUCCUUCUUUCUUCUACAAAGUCUCUUGGUUCUACACUGGACACAGUUCUUCCGUCAUGAAUGUCCCUUUAGUAGAGCUUGAUCACACGGGCCUGCUGAGGUACCCAAAGAACCAGGCGCUCAGAGGCCUGCAGGGGCGGCUUCGUCUCUCCAGACCCACUAAGAUGAGCUUCUACCUCGGAAUUCAGAGGGCCCAUGAGGGGGAUAGUGGAACCUACCAGUGCCAGGUGGAGCAAUAUCAGCUGGAUGGUGAAGGUCACUGGCAGCAAAAGGCCUCGGACAGUGGCAGUCCGAUUGGUCUGACUAUAAAUGUUGUGGAAAAAAACCUGUCCCUUGUAAUGGAUGAGGUGGAGCUGAAUGUGAGCAGAUACCAGGACUUCACUAUCCCCUGUUCCAUCACCAGACAAUCCAGCAGUGAAUCUGAGUUCCAGGUUACAUGGUUUUGGAAAAAGGAAAUAGAAGCUAAACAACGCCCCAUAUUCACAUCUUACCGAAACGCUACCCUACAAGACAGGUACUGGGGUCAUCAGCUAAUAUUUGGCCACCCCCGACCCAGCCAGUUCAGCCUGACAGUCUCGAAGCCAGGCCCUGAGAACAGUGGCCUGUAUUUCUGUGAGGUGGAAGAGUGGCUCCCAUCGCUUUCUCAUGGGUGGAGGAAGGUUGCAGAGGAAAAGUCAGGAUAUUUGAAUGUUAAUGUCUAUACAGAAGGAGAAGCUGUAUCUGAGCUGCAAUGCAAGUCAGGUACCUGGAUAGGGAUUCUUAUAGCUUUUGGCAUCUGUUCACUGUUGGUGAUAUUCAUACUAGUGCUGAAGAUAUGCCGGAGCAAGGGCUCAGGAGGAGAGAAGUCAGGACAAUCUCUGUCGGCAGAGGUACACCCUCUGAACACCAAAACCAGUGCAGAGGACUGAACCUCAUAGGUCAGAGGAGAGGAGCUGAAGAGAAAAAAUGCACUCAUAAUUUUUAUGUGCCAUGCAGUAUAUGCAAUAAUGUUUUAAAUUUUAAAAAGUUGCACUGCACAUAUUUUUUUAUUCAUUUGUUAUUCAGAGUUAAAUAAUUCUUGUUUAAAUAAAUCUGUUGAUAAUGUUCCAUAAAAAAAUAGCUUUAAUGUUUUACUCUCUGUGCAGCUGGGAAUACUUCUGCCCUUAUAAAUUAAUUAAUUUCAUUUAACCAUUAAAAUUAAACAGGCAUUUUUCAUUUUACAGCUAAAACGUAUUUGCAGAAUCACAAGCCUCUUACAUCUUACUUGCAAUGGACAGUUUAGCCAGGCAGCAGAUCAACUUUGUGGCUUCACAUACACAAAGCAACAUACACUGACUGACAGAUUCCUUUUUAUGUAGCAACAUAACAGGCUGCUUGACACUAUGUCUUCGAUGAGAAAGAGUCAAAGCUUAGCGUGUCUGCGGGGGCAGUUAGGCACGCAAUGUGGCGAGAUUUUAAAUAUUUCUCUGUAAGUCAGACAGUGGUGAAUCAACCAGGAAGUGCUCUGUGGUUCUGCAAGAGCACGGGAUGACUGCGGGCUGCAAAUCUGCUGAUGUGUGAGUGCGACCAGUAUUGGUGGGGACAGAGACACAUUUUUUAAAGUGGUGCACUGCACCUUCAUGCACUGGCAGUAGCGAUCUCCUAAUAGAGACGUAGUUUUUGCUGUCAUUAUGUACUUGUCUUGCUAAAGGUUGCACAUUUUUUAGAUGUUUUUUUAGUUGAGCACAUUUCAUUUCCAUGUGACUCUGGAUGCACAGUUUUACUUAUAAGACAUGGAGGCUGUGUGUGUGU